AUGGAGACUGCGGGAGCUUUGUUUGGCCAGCUGCUCGCCAUAGGGGCCCUCCCCCUCUCGAUCUCCAUUGCUGACGGAGACACCCACACGCGGAGAAGGCACUCCGGUAUUUCCAAGCACAUCAGCGACAGGGAGCUGCGACGCCUGCAGCUGCCCAGCCUCCUCUCCGCCUUGCUGCCCCCUGCAGCGCCCCUCGAAGACCGAGGAGGAAGUAACGACAGUGUCAGCAGCAACAGCGAUGCGCUGCCCGUACAGCAGCAAGCCCUUGUAGUACGCGGUGCCGCUUCGCUGGUGCUGCAGCAGUGGGUGCUGCUGGCUGCGGAUGCUCUGCAAUUGCUGCGGCGUCUGCUGCAGCCCGAGAAGCAGCACCAUCGGCGCAACAGCAGUAGCAACAACGCCGAUAAUCACCAGCUUUUGGGGCGGCAGCAACAGCAAGACUCUAGAAGGAAGAGAGUGCGGACAACAGAGGCCCAGAGAGAAGAUGACGGGGAAGAGCAGCAGGAAGAUGCAGACGAGGCAGCAGAUGCAAUUUGGGAGCGAGCAGCGCAACUGCAGCUGCAACAGCAACAAGGGGAGGAAGAAUCUCAGCAGCGUCUUAAACGAUUAGGAAGCGUCUUUGCCACACAUCUGCAGGAGGCAGAGUCCAGUCCACGCCUCUGCGCUCCGGAAGUACUCGACCGGGGCAGCAGCAGCAGCAGCAAAUCGGAUCACACGAAAGGCUUCUUGCUGCAGCAGGAGAAGCACAUGCUCCCGGAAUGUCGUGGAGACGCUGGGCGUUCGGAGGCCCUGAGCCUCAUCCCCCUUUCCCCUCAGCAGCAGCAGCUUCCAGUGCAGCAGCAGCUGCAGCAGCAGGGAAAAGUGCCUCCGCAGCAGCAGGUGAAAUAG